UUUAUUUAUGGGAUCCAAUAGCGAUGGAACUGUAUUAAAUAUGUUGGGCUAUUAAUGUGCAAUUGAUUGUUUCCCCGUUUUGUUCAUUCGAUUGUGUGAAAUCAGGGAUUCUAGUCGUGAUAAGUGCUCCUAAAUCGAGUUGAAAAGUAAUAAGUGAUUGGUAAAUAUACACCAAAGAAAUGAGUAUCACCAAUGAUUACGGAUUGGUUACCACCGAAGUGAAUUCUGUCUUGGGAGCUAAAAAUGAUUUCAAAAUUAGUGAGAAAGAAUGUGAUGGAGUGAACAAAACCGGGCUGAAUUCUAAAGAAAUGUCAUGGCAAGCUCCUAGUGCGCAAGGAUUGUACGACCCUCGUAAUGAACAUGAAGCAUGCGGGGUCGGCUUUAUCGUUUCUAUUGACGGGACACAGUCACACAAGAUUUUGCGAGAUGCACAGAUUUUAUCUGAACGGAUGAAUCAUCGUGGUGCAUGUGCAUGCGAUAAUGAUACUGGUGAUGGAGCAGGAGUGAAGACGUCAAUACCGCAUAAUUUGUAUGCCAAGGAACUGGCUUCCGAAGGUAUAAUAUUGCCCGAUUUUGGGGAAUAUGCAACAGGAAUAAUUUACUGUGAUCAAAGAACUCAUUCUGAUGUUGAAGAGGAAUUUGCUCAAUUAGCACAAGAGCUGAACUUAAAAGUGCUGGCGUGGCGCACUGUUCCAACAAAUGAAGAAGCUAUUGGAGGUGUCGCGCGAAAAUCCGAACCACUUUCCCGCCAAGUUUUUGUUGGGCGUUCAUCACAUCUUGACCCACAGGCAUUUAACCGUCAAAUAUAUGUAUUGCGAAAACGUGCCAGCCAUGAAUUAACUAAAGAAGGGCGGCGUUUUUAUAUUUGUUCGCUAUGCUCGAAAACUGUUGUUUAUAAAGGAUUGUUCACAUCUGAGCAGCUAUGGGAGUAUUAUACUGAUCUCAAAAAUGCAGAUUUCGAAACAUAUUUGGCUUUGGUACAUACACGAUUUUCAACUAAUACAUUCCCGUCUUGGGAACGUGCUCAUCCAUUACGUGUAAUAGCACACAACGGCGAAAUCAACACUUUACGCGGAAAUGUCAAUUUGAUGAAAGCUCGUGAAGGAGUUAUGCAAAGUGAACUUUUUGGAGAAGACUUAACAAAACUAUAUCCGGUCGUAGAACCCAAUUUAUCUGAUUCAGGAUCAUUUGAUUGUGUUCUUGAAUUUCUUACGAUGGCUAGUGAACGAUCGUUACCAGAAGCUGUGAUGACUAUGGUUCCCGAGGCGUGGCAAAAUGAUAAAACUAUGCCCCAAGAAAAACGUGACUUUUAUCAGUGGGCAUCAUGCGUAAUGGAGCCUUGGGAUGGGCCAGCUUUAAUUUCAUUUACAGACGGACGAUAUAUUGGCGCUGUCCUUGACCGUAAUGGAUUGCGGCCAUCCCGUUUUUAUGUAACAAGUGAAAAUGUCCUUAUCAUGGCCUCAGAAGUAGGAGUUUAUGACAUUGAUCCAUCGAAAAUAGUUUUAAAAAGCCGUUUAAAACCUGGUCGAAUGCUAUUAGUUGACACCAAAGAGAGGAAACUCAUCCAGGAUGUUGAAAUAAAAACUCAUAUUACUAGAUUGCGCCCUCAUUCGGAUUGGCUCCAACAAAAGAUAACCAUUGAUGAAAUACGCAAUGCGAAUAUGCAUGAUGAAAAAGCUGUCGAUGGAUCCAAGCUGACCAUAGAUCCUUUAAGGAACCACACUUUCGACCCUAGGCUCCUACUAUUCGGGUACACAACCGAAACUAUUAACAUGCUUCUUGUGCCAAUGUUCAAAGACAAAAAAGAAGCUCUUGGCUCAAUGGGAAAUGACGCACCGCUUGCAUGUUUGUCUUCUUUCCAACCACUACCAUAUGAAUACUUUAAACAGUUGUUUGCACAAGUAACUAAUCCCCCCAUUGAUCCAUUUCGUGAAAAGGUUGUAAUGUCUAUGCAAUGUCCAUUGGGACCAGAAGCUAAUUUACUUCAACCUUCAAAUAAACAAGUACAUCGUAUUUGGUUAACGAAUCCAAUUUUAAGUAUUCCUGAUAUAAAUUUAUUGAAAAGGAACACCCACAGAGGAUGGAAAACUAAAGUGCUAGACAUAACCUUUGAAUUUGAAAAAGGGGUUAAGGGUUACCUUGAUUGUAUUGACGAUAUUUGCCGCCAAGGUUUUAAUGCUGCCAGCUCUGGUUAUCAGCUAUUGGUUAUUUCUGAUCGAAAUGCUGGGUGUGGGAAAGUACCUGUAUCGGCUUUGCUUGCACUGGGUGCAUUACAUCAUCAUUUAAUAGAAACCCUGCAGCGGAUGAAGGUUGGAAUUAUAGUAGAAACAGCUGAGGCUCGUGAAGUUCAUCAGAUAUGUGUACUGCUUGGCUAUGGCGCCGAUGCCAUUUGUCCCUACUUGGCUUUCGAGUUAGCACAGGCACUUCGAGAUGAUUGUGUCAUUAGCGCAAAUGUCAGUGAUAAGCAAAUUUAUAUGGCUUAUGCCAAGGCUAUAGAAACGGGUGUAGCAAAAGUAAUGGCUAAAAUGGGCAUAAGCACACUCCAAUCUUACAAGAGUGCUCAAAUUUUUGAAGCUGUAGGAAUAGGAGAAAAAUUAAUUAAUAAAUGCUUUCGUGGGACAGCGAGUCGGAUUGGAGGUAUUACUUUAGAAACUGUUGCAAAAGAAGCUCUUGAGAGAUAUAAUAUGGCAUUUGGUGAUGGAUUAUAUGACACCCGUAUUUUGAGAAAUCCUGGUAACUAUCAUUGGCGUAAUGGAGGAGAAGCUCAUAUAAAUGAGCCUGCUGCUAUCGCAAAUCUGCAAGAAGCUUCGAUAAAUAAAAACUGGAACUCGUUCGAAGCCUAUAAAGCAGCAACCUUAGAAAGCGUACGAAAGUGUGCACUCAGAGGACAACUUGAGCUCGUAAAUGAUCGAACUAAAAUAAAUAUAUCCGAAGUGGAACCAGCGUCAGAAAUUGUAAAAAGGUUUGUUACCGGCGCCAUGAGUUUUGGGAGCAUUUCUCUGGAAGCACAUCAGACAUUGGCUAUUACCAUGAAUCGUAUUGGAGGAAAAAGUAAUACCGGCGAAGGAGGUGAAAAUUCGGAGCGAUACUUAGAAAAAGAUUCAUAUAAUAGUAGGAGAUCCGCUAUAAAACAAAUUGCAUCAGGACGUUUUGGGGUAACAGCUGCCUAUCUUGCCAAUGCUGAUGACCUUCAAAUCAAAAUGGCUCAGGGGGCUAAACCUGGAGAAGGAGGAGAACUUCCUGGUUAUAAAGUUACCAAAGAAAUUGCGAAAACUCGACACUCUGUACCAGGUGUUGGUCUUAUUUCACCUCCACCACAUCACGAUAUUUAUUCCAUUGAGGAUUUGGCGGAGCUUAUCUAUGACUUAAAAUGUUCAAAUCCCAAUGCAAGGAUCAGUGUCAAGUUGGUUUCUGAAGUUGGUGUUGGAGUUGUUGCAUCUGGCGUUGCUAAGGGGAAAGCCGAGCACAUUGUUAUUUCUGGUCACGAUGGAGGUACUGGAGCGAGCUCGUGGACUGGUAUUAAGCAUGCUGGCCUUCCAUGGGAAUUAGGUGUAGCUGAAACACAUCAAGUUCUUGUUUUAAACAAUCUACGUUCAAGGGUAAUACUUCAAGCUGAUGGGCAAUUACGUACCGGUUUCGAUGUUGUUGUGGCCGCAUUACUUGGUGCUGAUGAAUUUGGUUUCAGUACAGCUCCUUUAAUUGUCAUGGGAUGUACCAUGAUGAGGAAAUGCCAUUUAAAUACUUGUCCAGUGGGAGUCGCAACACAAGAUCCUGUACUACGUCGGAAAUUUACCGGCAAACCCGAACAUGUGAUCAAUUUCUUUUUCAUGCUGGCAGAAGACAUUCGUAAUAUCAUGGCAAAUUUGGGGAUUCGUCGAUUUCAAGAUCUAAUUGGGCGUACUGAUUUACUGCAAAUAUCAAGAAAUAGGAGCAACAAAUCAAAUUCUUUGGACUUAUCCCUCCUGUUGACAAAUGCUUUAGAACUACGUCCGGGUACAAAUAUUGUGGGAGGUUCAGUGUCUCAGGACUUCCAGCUGGAGAAACGUUCUGACAAUAAACUUAUUGAAAUGGCGCAAAACGUUUUAAACGGCGUUGAGUGUAAUACAACAAUUAGAAUGCGUAUAAAAAAUGAAGAGCGCGCUUUCGGAUCAACAUUAAGUUAUCAUAUAGCGUGCAAAUAUGGCGAGGAAGGUCUACCACUUGGCAAAAGCAUAGACAUAUUUUUAGAAGGAUCAGCUGGUCAAAGCUUUUGUGCAUAUUUGUCGAGUGGCGUGAAUGUCACUUUAAAAGGAGAUGCUAAUGAUUAUGUUGGCAAAGGUCUCUGUGGUGGCAGUAUUGUAAUUAUGCCCCCAGAUAAUUCAGUAUUUGAAUCUCAUUUAAAUGUAAUAGUGGGAAACGUUUGUUUAUACGGUGCAACCAAGGGCACUGCUUACUUUAAAGGUAUAGCAGCUGAACGGUUUUGCGUAAGGAAUUCUGGCGCCACAGCAGUGGUAGAGGGCGUUGGAGAUCAUGGAUGUGAGUAUAUGACUGGAGGUGUUGUUGUUAUCUUGGGCUUGACUGGUCGUAAUUUUGCUGCCGGCAUGUCUGGUGGAAUUGCUUAUGUAUAUGAUAUCGAUGGCUCUUUUAAGGCAAAAGUAAACCCUGAAACUGUUGAAUUGCUUCCACUGGAACUUGAUUCAGAUGUAACUUUAGUAAAGAGUUUACUGGAUGAUUUUAUAAAGAAGACUAAUUCUCGAAUUGCAAAAGAUAUGAGCUUGAAUUGGACUGAAAGUCAGGCCAAAUUUGUAAAAGUGUUCCCAUAUGAAUACCAAAAGGCUUUACAAGAUCUAGAAAAUACAUCUCUUUCCGAAGUAAAUGAAAAUCUUAGUGAAAUUAAAAGACUAAAGGCACCUGCAAAUGAACCAGAUAUUAGAGAUAUUGAAGAAGCCCUUCAAAAUAAAGAGAAUUUGCAAAACAAGGUUUUAGAGCAGCAACCAUUAGAUAAGGUACGUGGUUUCAUCAAAUAUAAGCGAGAGGUGAAUAUAUAUCGAAAGGCUAGUGAACGACAAGGAGAUUGGGAAGAGGUCUAUAAUUUUCCAUAUAUUCACAAGCAUUUGAAAACACAAGCUGCUCGUUGUAUGGAAUGUGGAGUACCUUUUUGUCAGUCAAAUACUCAUGGUUGUCCAUUGGGAAAUAUCAUUCCUAAGUGGAAUGACCUUGUUUUUAAUAAUAAUUGGCAAGAAGCUUUACAUCAACUUUUACAAACGAAUAACUUUCCAGAGUUUACUGGUAGGGUCUGUCCAGCACCUUGUGAAGGAGCAUGCGUUUUAGGUAUAUCGGAACCAUCUGUAACUAUCAAGAAUAUUGAAUGUGCUAUUAUUGAUCACGCAUUUGCGCAAGGGUGGAUGAAGCCGGAUAUACCAAAGCUACGCACUGGUAAACGGGUAGCUAUUGUUGGAUCUGGACCCUCUGGUCUAGCAGCUGCAAGUCAAUUAAAUCGAGCGGGCCAUUUCGUUACCGUUUUUGAACGAAAUGAUAGGCCUGGUGGUUUACUACAAUAUGGCAUCCCAACUAUGAAGUUAUCCAAAGCUGUCGUCAAACGUCGUAUUGAUCUAAUGACUGACGAAGGAAUAGAGUUUCGAACAAAUGCAUAUGUCGGCAAAGAUAUAAAGGCAUCGAUGUUACUAGAGGAGUACGAUGCGUUGCUACUUACCACUGGUUCAACCUCCCCACGAGAUUUAAAUUUAAACAACAGAGAUUUAAACGGGGUACACUUUGCUAUGGAGUUUCUUGAAGGCCAGCAAAAAAAACAACUUGGUAGCAAAAAUGACAUUAUAUCUGCUAAAGACAAACAUGUAAUUAUAAUUGGUGGCGGAGAUACCGGCUGUGAUUGUAUGGCAACAGCUUUACGACAAGGUGCUAAAAGUAUUACCACCUUUGAAAUUUUACCCGAACCACCGAAACAUCGUGCCAUUGACAACCCGUGGCCACAAUGGCCUAAAGUAUUCAGAGUUGACUAUGGACACGAGGAAGUUCGCGUGAAGUUUGGGAAUGAUCCUCGCCAGUACUGCACAACAACAAAAGAAUUGAUAGGAGAAGAGGGCAGUAUAAAAGCUUUGAAGACAGUUCAAGUAAAAUGGGAUAAAACAUCUAGUGGGCAAUGGUCAAUGUCUGAAGUACCAGGUAGCGAGAAAAAUUACCCUGCGGAUUUAGUUUUGCUGGCAAUGGGAUUUUUGGGUCCUGAAAAAUCUUUACCGUGUGAAAUUGGCCUUGACCUUGAUGCUCGGGGAAACAUAAAAUCCAGCAAUGGUCUUUUCGGGACAUCAAACUCCAAAGUAUUUGCCGCUGGAGAUUGCCGCAGAGGUCAAUCAUUGGUUGUUUGGGCCAUUACCGAAGGACGACAGGCAGCACGACAAAUAGAUAGUUAUUUAAUGGGAGUUCCUAGCAGCUUACCCGGACCUGGAGGUGUUAUAGACAUGACAAGAAAUAUUUAAGGGAAUAUCUUAAUGUCAACCACUUAAGGGGAAGAACCAAAAUGUUUAAUUUAUGUUCUAGUUACAGCCAGUGUUUUCAACAGCAUAAAUAUUCGUAAGCCAAAUUUAAAGAAUCAAACCAAUAAGAAGAAAUGCUUGUAUUUAAAACAUAAAUUAUGAAUAUGUCAAAUGAAUGCGUCUAUUUGCCAAGUUAAUCAUAAUUUGAUAAUAAACUUAAACGUUACAGCUUUACA